UUCCUCCCCACAGUGCUCUCAGGUGACAGGCCUGCAGGUCCCGCCCCGGCCCGCCCCGCCGCGUAUUCGGGAGAUCCAGUCCGAGGCUCCGAAAGCAGCCCCCGCCGUCGGUGCUUGGACCCCCGCUCCAGAACCCGUUGCUCGCCAUGACCGCCGUGCCCGUGCCCCGCAGCCUGUUCAUUCUCCUCCAGGUGCUGUGGCUCGCCCUGGCUCAGAUCAGAGGUCCACCAGGGGAGCCGGGUCCUCCAGGGCCACCAGGGCCACCAGGAGUGCCUGGUUCGGAUGGCAUCGACGGUGACAAGGGGCCUCCAGGUAAAGUUGGUCCUCCGGGAUCCAAAGGAGAGCCCGGCAAACCUGGUCCAGAUGGUCCAGAUGGGAAACCUGGCAUUGAUGGUUUAAUGGGAGCCAAGGGAGAGCCUGGUCCCAUGGGGACCCCUGGAGUUAAGGGCCAGCCUGGGCUCCCAGGGCCCCCUGGCCUGCCGGGCCCUGGUUUUGCUGGACCUCCCGGACCACCUGGACCUGUUGGCCUCCCUGGUGAGAUUGGAACCCCAGGCCCCAAGGGGGAUCCAGGACCAGAGGGACCAUCAGGGCCCCCAGGACCCCCUGGGAAACCAGGCCGACCAGGAACCAUCCAGGGCUUGGAAGGGAGUGCGGAUUUCUUGUGUCCAACCAACUGUCCAGCUGGUGUGAAGGGUCCCCAGGGUCUGCAAGGAGUGAAGGGUCAUCCAGGCAAACGGGGGAUUCUGGGUGAUCCUGGUCGCCAGGGGAAGCCAGGUCCCAAGGGAGAUGUGGGUGCCUCUGGAGAGCAAGGUAUCCCUGGACCACCGGGCCCCCAAGGCAUCAGGGGCUACCCAGGCAUGGCAGGACCCAAGGGAGAGAUGGGUCCUCGUGGAUAUAAAGGCAUGGUGGGCUCCGUUGGGGCUGCUGGGCCACCGGGUGAAGAAGGCCCAAGGGGGCCACCAGGCCGAGCCGGUGAGAAGGGGGAUGUGGGGAGCCAAGGUGCCCGAGGACCCCAGGGGAUAACAGGCCCAAAGGGAAUAACCGGCCCGCCAGGCAUUGAUGGAAAGGAUGGGACCCCAGGCAUUCCUGGCAUGAAGGGCAGUGCAGGACAAGUGGGACGGCCAGGAAGCCAAGGCCACCAGGGUUUAGCGGGUGUGCCGGGUCAGCCUGGAACAAAAGGAGGUCCUGGAGACAAGGGUGAACCAGGCCAGCAGGGCUUGCCGGGAGUCUCUGGUCCCCCUGGGAAAGAAGGGGAGCCAGGGCCUCGAGGAGAAAUUGGUCCACAGGGCAUCAUGGGACAGAAGGGCGACCAGGGUGAGAGGGGGCCAGUGGGACAGCCAGGCCCUCAAGGACGACAGGGCCCCAAGGGAGAGCAGGGCCCUCCAGGAAUUCCAGGACCCCAAGGCUUGCCAGGCAUCAAAGGAGAUAAGGGUUCUCCAGGGAAGACCGGGCCCCGAGGCGGAGUGGGUGACCCAGGGGUGGCCGGCCUCCCGGGAGAGAAAGGAGAGAAGGGCCAGUCAGGCGAGCCAGGGCUUAAGGGACAGCAAGGAGUCCGUGGAGAGACCGGCUACCCCGGCCCCAGUGGAGAUGCUGGUGCCCCAGGAGUGCAGGGCUACCCCGGGCUUCCCGGGCCCCGAGGACUGGUGGGAGAUCGAGGCGUGCCAGGACAACCCGGGAGACAGGGUGUGGUGGGCCGAGCUGCCAGUGACCAGCAUAUCGUGGAUGUGGUGCUGAAGAUGAUUCAAGAGCAACUUGCCGAGGUAGCUGUGAGUGCCAAGCGAGAAGCCCUAGGUGCAGUAGGGAUGGUGGGUCUUCCAGGACCUCCUGGGCCCCCUGGAUAUCCAGGCAAACAGGGGCCCAAUGGGCAUCCCGGUCCCCGAGGCAUUCCUGGCAUCGUGGGAGCAGUGGGUCAGAUUGGCAACACUGGACCCAAGGGAAAGCGUGGAGAGAAGGGGGAUCCAGGAGAAAUGGGUCGUGGCCAUCCCGGGAUGCCUGGGCCCCCAGGGAUCCCAGGUCUUCCUGGCCGGGCUGGUCAGGCAAUCAAUGGCAAGGAUGGGGACCGAGGAUCCCCAGGGGCUCCAGGAGAGGCCGGGAGACCUGGCCGGCCAGGCCCAGUGGGGCUACCAGGUUUCUGUGAGCCUGCCGCAUGCCUGGGAGCUUCAGCCUAUACCUCUGCUCGCCUCACAGAGCCUGGGUCCAUCAAGGGGCCAUGAGCAACCAGCCAGGACAGAGCCUAUUAGCAUCUAGGGUCACCUCUGGGUGGACAUGUACUCCAGACCCAGGAGGCUAGAUUUCUCAGGAUCUUGUCUGGAAACUCAAGAUCCAGGGGUCCUGAAGACAAGUUCAGUGAGGGAGGGGUUGGGAGAGAGAGAGCACGGGAGUAAAGGUGACGCCAACAGAGCAAGUAUUGGAGAGUCACCCCUCCCAAGGGAAGAGGGUAGUUUUUCUUCCUGGAGUACAAACUACCCCUCACCCAUGCCAUUCAGCAUUGGGCCAUCCCACCCUCUGGGCAGGGGGGCUGACGCUUCUGGUGGUCCUUACCCCAUUCUUACUCUCUGGACUUAUUUUUAUUGGGUGUCUGUUGGGGGAAAAGUACCCUGAGGUGGCAGUCCUUAGGCCAACCCUGCUAUUGCCUGUCUCCCAUCCCAGUAUUUAAACACCCAUCUCCCCUGUUUUGGCAUCACUCUUUCCCAGUCCCUUUUGCCCAUACCACUCUGGCCUUCGUGUAAAUAAAAGUUCCUAAGUUGGUUACAAAGUGA